AUGCGCAGAAAGAUAGCGAGAACCGUCGCCCUCAUCGCUCUGGCAGCUCUCGUCGCUCCCGACCCUCCCUUCGUUCUCGUCCCUCUCGUCGCCUUUGUCCCUCCCGUUGCUCUUGUCUCUCCCGUCCCUCACCCCGUCGCUUCCGUCCCUCCUCCUGUCGCUCCCGUCCCUCCUCCCGUCGCUCCCGUUCCUCCUCAAGUCCCUCGCGUCGCUCUCCCCUUCCCUGCGCGCAGUUUCCCCCCUUGCCUGCGCGCAGUUUCCCCCCUUGCCUACGUGCAGUUUCCCCCCCUCCCUAAGCGCAGUUUCCCCCCUUGCCUGGGCGCAGUUUCCCCCCUUGCCUUUUCCCCCCUUGCCUGCGCGCAGUUUCCCCCCUUGCCUGCGCGCAGUUUCUCCCCUUGCCUGCGCGCAGUUUCCCCCCCUCCCUAA